AUGCACGGGCACAGGAAUCCGACGUGCAGCCUGCAGCUCUCGUUUGCAGCCCUCCGCUCCGGCUUCGCGGACCAGCUGGAGGAGGUUGCUGAGGAGGCUGAGGUAGAGGAGGAGGCGAAGGAGCAGCUGUUGAGCGGCCGGCGCGCCCCCUCACAGUUGCAGCUGCCCUGCACCAGCGUGGGUGGUGCCGCCGCCUGCAAUGGAUGCCAGGCCAGAGCAUGGAAAUAUGAGUGGCAGCGCUGUUUGGCACAGCUACGGACAGCACGCCCGCUCAGGAGGCUCUCCCACAGGGGGGCCAACAGGCGGCUACGAGCGGAACCAGGCCACAUCGCGGGCGACGGCCCUCCGAAAGCCCGCCCUCCGACUCGGCGAGCAGCGAAGAAAUCCCGCACCAUGCGUGGCUUCAUGGAGCAAUUCGUGAAGGUCAUGGUGCAGAUGCUCCAGGGCAGCGACCAGAGCCAGCUGAUGACCCUCUUGGCCGGCGUGCUUAGCGGCAUGCAGGCCCACAACGAGGACGACAGCAGCAAGGGCGGCGGUGCGGGCAAUGGCUCGGGCGGCGGUGGCGGCGGCAGCGCACCACAGCAGCAGCCGCCGGCACCCCGCCGGCAGCAACCCGACGCUCUGGAGGCCUGGCAGACAGUGUGGAGCCUCAGGCCCGAAGAUUUCGACGCUCAUAUCUUCUCCGUGGACGACUUGGAGCUCAAGGCUCGGGCGCAGCCAGGGGACAGUACGACGCCGCCGAAGCCCGUGCUCGGUGUGGUCCUCGCUCGGGACGAAGCCGACUGCAAGGGCAUCGAGACCCUCUUGUCGAUCCACGGCCACCUCCGCGUCCUGCGGGUCCGGCCCUUGGAAGGACCAGUCGCCAGCGAAUGCGCACUGCAGCCACACGAGGAGCCACGGCAGCUUCUGGGCAAAGCGCGAGGGCACACCCGCGUCCGAGCGGUCGGCCUGCGGCGCUCUCACACCGACGCGCCUCGGUACAAGACGGUCGUUACCAAAGCGGCGCCGGCCGCUGCUGCGACGGAGACUGCCGUCCUCCGGGUGUCUGUAGAGAGGAGGUACACGACGGAGUGGGAGCGCACCCUCAAGCGCCCGGGCGACACCGCUCGCGCGUGGGGCAUCGCAGCGGGCCUCACCGAUGCCAGCAAGCUCCGCGAUACCUUCAAGUGGUUCCAGCAGGGCGACAUCCUCGUCGGCCUGUGGAGGGUAGAGCAAUCAGCCGUGGCCGGCCUCCUGGCCGCGUCGGGGCAGGUGGACGAUCAUGGACAUCGAUUUUUCGUUGAGCCCAUGCGCUGGGAGGCCCCCAACCCUGGCCCUUGUGCCUGUGAGUACCAGAAGAGGCUGGAGGAUGAGGAGUGGUCGCAGUACGCGACCAGGAUCGCAUCCAUGGCAGGAGAUCUCGGCAUCGCACGCGGAGAUCGCGCUCUCGGCAUCCGCAAGCCGCGCGCCUCCACCGACGCCCGCACCCGCACCUGGAAGCUGAAGGCCUCGGCGCUGCCGCGCAAGACCUGGGUGGUCAGAGCCGCAGCCAGUGGCGAGUUGAGCGGGUUCGAAAUCGAGCAACGUGUCGCAGGUGAGGAUAUCCACAUGCACGGGUACAUCGAGGCACCGAGGAGGAGUGCAGCACCGUGGCAGCGCUUGCCGGGCGAGCGGGCCGUGUCCUUCGUCAAGGACCCCAAGUCCGCGGAGGACAAGCCGCGGGCACCCAACAGGGUCUUGGAAAUGGCCCCGGCCGCGGGGGCCCUGGCGCUGGCGAACGGGCCGGCCAUUGGGGCAGCGGCCGAGAACGGAGGCAAUGGUGACGACAAGGGAUCGGCACAGCGGCCGGGACUCAGGAAGCAGAACGUCAUCGUGGAGCAGGAGACGGUCAGGUUCAGGAUCGCCAAGCACGUGGCGCACAACUGCGACAAGUUCGCGAAUUACUGGGACGAGUUGGCGCCCCAGCGAGAGGACAAGAAACUGGACUCCUUCGCCGAGUAUAUGAAAUUGGCGGAAAAGCCCGGCGCCUGGCUGGGCAACCUCGAAGUCGCCGCCUUCGCGGAGGUCUUUCAGGGCGAGGUGGUGGUCUACCGGAGGCAAGGGCCUCCACAGCACUUCAAGCCGCCCUCCGGGGCGAAGAAGCCCCUGCAGGCAGCCAGUGCGCCUCAGGGGUUCACCGUGCGACAGCCCUUCCUGUACCAGAAGAAAGCGGCGCAUGUCGCCAUCUUCCACGCGAAGGUCAGGGACCAGAUGCACCUCCGCCCCAGCCUGGUGAUGAAACUCUUGGCUGGCACGACGGCGCGGUGGCAGUGCCCUUGCUGUCCCAAGGCCAUGGCAGCCGACCCCGCCAGCCCAGCGGGAGCACGGUCGAGACUCAAGCACGGGGCGACGGAGCACCCAGAUGAGGACCCGAAGAGGUUCCAUCUCCCAGCGGGCGCACGGGGCGACGGAGCACCCAGAUUGGCCGCGGCCUACGCCGCUCGAGCGGCGGCGUGGCGCGUCAAGAACCUUCUCGGGGGCAAGACCCUCGGCCACCAGAUCGUGUUCUUCCGCAUGCCGGCUGGCCGGCGCAAAGGCCUCACACACGUACGAUGCACCACGUGCUUCCGGCAGGGCCGCACAGUCCGGGCCUUCGGGCAGUGCCGGCCCUUGUCUGCACAGACGGGCAAGACGACGCAGGCCAUUGCGACCGCCCGCGGUUGGCUGGAGGCCGCGCCGCCAGCGGAACAUGCCGAGAUCCAGGAGUACUUGGACUGGCUCUUGAAGGCGCGGGAGCAGGCGCGCUCGCGUGAGCUCCAGCGGAUCCGGGACGAGCGCAAGCCGGACAGGGACAAGCACACCGUCCACCAGUUCCAGUGGCCCCUCGGCGACAAGAAUAUCAAGGGCCGCCAGAGGUUCGUCUGCAUGGCGUGCGGCAUGCUCAAGAUCUCUCGCGCUGCCCUGGAGGGCCGCGCCUGCGGCCAGAGGAUGACCAAGCAGCACUUCGCCAAGCGCGUGCGCCUCCUGGCGCGCCUGCGGCGCCUCCGGCGGCGCAGUCCGGACCUGGAGACCGCCGUCGAGGCUCUGGCCAAGGCGCGGGGCUCGCCCACCGAGGCCGCGGAGGCAGCAGCAGAGGCCGCGGCCGCGGCGGCGCCGCGAGGGCAGGGGGUGCUUCAGCGGCGGAGGCGCGCGCAGCGGUGCAGCUACCUCGCGGCAAGGCCCGCGACCAGGGCGAUGAAAACUCUGAGUUGGUUCCUGGCCUCUUGGGGCCUCCUGCGCCAGUUUUCCGAGCCGCGUCCGGCCGCGGCGAGGUUCCCGCAUCAGUUUUCCGAGCCGCGUCCGGCCGCGGCGGCGGCGCGGAACAUGUCACGGCUUCCGCCGGCAACGACAACGGCGCGGAACAUGUCACGGUUUCCGCCGGCGGCGGCGGCAGCAGCGCAGUUCCUGCAGCUCCUGCAGCUCCCGCACCGCAAGGCUCCCAGGCUGGCCUGGCACAUGGCGGCGGCGCCCGGCCGGCAGGCCCAGCAGCAGGCGCGGUUCGCUGGCGACCCGGAUCCCCUGGGACCCCUGGAGGCGCGGCCCGACGACGCGGGAGUUGGCGCCACGGCCGGGCCGGAGGCUGCUGCAGCCGCAGGCGCCGCCACCAAGGCCACCAAGCCGCCCACGCAGAGGAUGCGGAUCGGCACGCUCAACGUCCAGGGCCUUCGGGAGAAGCUGAGUCGCGUCUUCUUCCUCGCCUCGCUGUUCGCGCUGGACGUCCUGUGCGUGCAGGAGGCGCGCAUCGGACCACAGUCGCUCGCCAGCCUCACGCAGUACGCGAAGCGCCGGGGCUACAGCUACACCGCCGCGGCGGAGACGGACAUCGACGAGCUCGGGCGCGCCCAGGGCGGCGUCAUCACCUUCUCCCGGCACCCGCUCCAGAGGAUGGCGCACCCGGAGUCUGCUCACCAGGGCCGGUACGUCACCACGGCGCUCCACAUGCCAAAGGCCGAACCCCUGCUGCUGACCAACAUGCACGGCCUGCCCGGCCGCAUCGUGGAGACCUGGGAUAUCGUCCACGCGGUGCUGGCACAGGCGGCUCAGCUUGGCCGUCGCCCGGUGAUCAUCGGGGACUGGAACAUGAUCCCCUCAGAGGGCGUGGCGGCCGAGGCAGCGUCCAACGGGUGGCUUCGGUUGGCCCACACUCCAGCCGAGACGGCCACGGCGACUCACACCAAAGGCCGCCACCUGGACUACAUGUUGGCCCACCCCAGCGUGCACGUUUCCAAGCGUGUCCAAGAGCUGAUGGUGGCGGAUCACAGCCUGGUCCACCACGACCUGCCGUGCUACAGGCCCGAGGACCGGUACACCUACAAACCGCACCAACAGCUCCCUGAGAUCCCACCGCCUGCUUCUGGGACCCGGGACGGGCCCAUGGCCCCCGAGCUGGCCCAGCGUUGGCGGGAGGCUCAGGAACAGAUCCAGGACGACUUCGACGCUGCCGAGGCGCGCUUCGACACCGAGGCCAUGUGGACCCUGCUAUCCGACGAGACCGAGCGGAUCUUGGCUGGUCAGCUCACGCCCGGUACGAGGUCCAAGCUGUUCCGCACGACCUGGGGGAGCUCUACAAGGCUCCAGCGGGUCGUCCAGGAGGAGUACGAGAAGCGCGGCGCUACCGCACCCAACGCCCACCUCCAGCGGCGGCAGGAGCGCUUGGCCAGCAGGUACCCAGACCUCCAGGACAUGCGCUUGGACACGGCCGCCGGGCGGCAGGCCCUCCAGGAGCUCAUCAACCACGUGGAGGCGCACCACAACACCAGGAGGCUCUCCCAGUGGACCGACGCCAUGGUCACAGACGACGCUCGCACCCUGCAGUGGCUGAAGCGCACGGCCGCGCCGCCUGAGGCGUGCACCUCCGUCCGGCCCAAUUUGCAUCCUCAGCGGGAGGCGGAGCACCAGCGGGCCGCCUGGGCACGGAUCUGGUGCUCUGAGCCGCCCCCAAAUACCAGCGCCGACAAAUAUUCGCACCCGGUACCGCGGCACAGCCCCGGCCUGCCAGACUGCUUCGAAGUGGACCGCACCGGGAAGCGCUUGCGGUGGAGGGCCGGCCGCAUGCGGGCCAAAGCAGCAGGAGCAGACGGGUGGAAGCCAAAGCACGUGGCCGACCUGCCCUUGGAAUGGUUUGCACUCUUGAGCAGAGUGUGGAAUGCCAUACUCGAUGGGGGCCCCGUCCCACACAGCUGGACGCACACCAGGGUCGCGCUCAUCCCGAAGCACGAUGAUACCGGGGGCCUCCGCCCCAUCGGGAUCGCUUCGGUCGCCUGGAGGCUGGGCAUGGGGGACCUCGUGACAACCCUCUGGCCCUGGAUGGCCGCCUGGCUCCACCCCGGCAUCGCGUCAGGCGCCAGGCGGGACCCCGCGGAGAUGGUCGAGGCGCUCCUGGAGGGCAUUGACGAGAGCAAGGCCGCCGGCGGGCUGUCCAUCUAUGGAGCCAAGAUCGACUUGUCCAAGGCGUUCGACAGAGUGUCGGAGUCCCGCGCACGCCAUAUCCUGAGACACAUGGGCGCGCCAGAGCCCCUGCUCCACACGCUCCAGAGUUUCUAUGCCCAGAGGCAAAUGCACAUGGAAGUCGACGGCUGCGUGGCCUCGCAGCCGAUCCGGCCUUUGCGCGGGCUGCUCCAGGGAUGCCCCCUGUCAGUCCUCCUCCUGCUGGUGGACAUGAAUUUGUGGAUCCGGGUGGUGGAAGCCUCCUGCCCGCAUGUCUCCGUCAAGGCGUACGCCGACGAUCGCACCCUGUGGGCCCGUGGCCCGCUCGCGAAAGCGAGGGUGGCAGAGGCAUGCGAGGUCACUCGUCGGUUCGACCUGGGCGCCGGCUGGCAGUGGAACGCUGGCAAGGGACAACGAUUCCAGAGGGGGCACGCUGACGGGCGACGCGGCGCCUCCCCCUCGCAGCUGGCUGCGCUCCAGGGCGGCGUCCUUGAGCAGGUGGGCCCCCUCAAGCACGCGGUCGAGGUGCUCGGCGUAGUGCUGUCCAUGCAGCGCGUGCCGCCGGUGAUGACCCGGCGCAAGUCCGAGGCCGCGGCGCUCUGGCAGCUGAGCCGCAUCGCGCCGCCUCCGCUCUGCUGGGGCGGCCGCUUCAUGCGCCCCCCACAGGACACCGUGCGCCGUUGGGACAACGCCAUUCGGCGAGCCAUCCUCCAGCACCCACGUGCCGCUUCUAGGGCGGCCUGCGCGGCCGUUGUCGGCCCUUCGGCGUGCGUCGAAUACCAGCUUGACGCCGACGCCUUGCGGCACGAGUUGUGGCGCCUGCGCCGCCAGGCGCGCAACCUCCCCACCGCGGUCCGCAUGCUGCCACGCUGGGCGGCGGUCUGCCGGCGCUGGCGGUGGACUCCCAGACCGCAGCAGGGCGGGGCCGGCGGCGCCGCACAGUACCCGAGGCUGUACGACACGCCCGAGGGGAUCGUGGACCUCGCGGAGUUCGGCAAGAGCAGCCUGCAGCAGCUCGCAUGGCGGUCUCAUGCCCGGCACCUGUGGCUCCAGGAGAGCCGGGCCAAGGACGCGGACAGCCAACGCCUCUUGGCCGCGGGCGAGGUCCCGGCAGGCCGGCUCCGGCUCACCUUCGGCAGCAGCGGCUCCGCCAGCCUUCGGAGGGCGGCCCUGGGGUGUGCCCUCGAGCAUCACGCCGUCGAGGGCUUGCGGCGGUCCGCCGGAGCCCCGAAUGCUGCGGUGGUCUGCACGUGCGGUGCGCCUGCCAGGAGAAGCCAUUGGCUGUGGGAGUGCGCCGCCCGAUCCCAGGAGCCGUCCGCGGGGCCCGCCGUGGGCAGCGCCAGGUGCGGCUUGGAAGAGAAGAUGGCCGUGCGGAUAGUCGAGGUGCCUCGGCGGCUCGCGCCUGCGCCGCUGGCGGCGCUGCAGGGACGGCUUGGCCGCAUCGUGGCGGCUCUGCGGGCUGGCCAGCGCGCGGACGGCAGCGGCGCCCUCGUAUGCACCGACGGCAGCGUGGUCGGCCGGAACGAUCGCCUCAAGAGGGGGGCGUGGGCCAUCGCGGUCAGCACGCCCGCCGGCGUCGUGACCGCCACAGGCGAGGUGUCCAUCCCGGACGGCACGUCUGAUUGCGCAGAGCGCGAGGCCGCCCUGCACCUCAUGCGAGCGGCCGCCGAAGCAGGUGUGGCUUUCAUCGUGUACAUCGACAACAGUGGCGUCCAGGGCGGCCUGCGGGACAUCUUGAUGGGCAUGCCACGCCGACAGGAGUACGCCUUCGGCCAUUGGGGCGCAAUCGAGGGCCACGCCAGGACCCUCCCGGCGGGCUGCGCUGCCUAUUGGGUCCCGUCCCAUGGCAAGAGAGAAGGGUCGUGGGCGCCGCCAGACCCACGCCACUCUGAGCUCGAGGUCAGAGACCUGAAUCGUGCUGCCGACGAGGCCUGUGGCGAGCGGGCGGCUGCAUUGUACGCCCGCCUGAGCGCGCCCCAGGAGGCGCUCCACGCGACAGCCGACGCCAGCAUGGCUGCCGGCAUGCUGCGCCUGGCGGCCGGAGAGCAGGCACUGCUGGCGGACUGGGCGCCCGCUCGCGACGAGGCCUCCCUGCAGGCCGGAGACAUGUGGCGGCGGCGCACUGGCGCCCGCCGGCGGCGUCCCGCAGCCGGCCAGGCCGCGGCGGCACCCGCCGCAGUGGCGCCCGGAGCACCAGUACCCCGCCGGGCCGCUGCGGCUCUCCCGUAG